AUGGACGACCAAGAAACAGCAGCAGCAGCAACAGGAGCAGCAGCAGCAGCAGCAGCAACACAAGAUAACGAGCAGGGAGGCUGUGCAUUCACACAGGCGAAAGAACAGUCAACAGCAGAAGCAGCAGAAGCAGCAGCAGCAGCAGCAGCAACUGCAGCAGCAGCACCAACAUCAACAACUGCAGAAGCAACACAUGCUGCUGUUGCUGCUGCUGAUGUUGAAUUAUUAGAAGGCGAAUUAGCUGCUGCCGCUGCAGCGCCAACCCAAGCAGCAACUGCAGCAACUGCAGCAGCAGCAGCAGCAGCAGCAACUGCAGCAGCAGCAGCAAAUGCUGCUCCACCUGGCAGCACAUCUGCUGUGUCUUUAAAGCAGCAAAAUGCUGCAGCAGCAAAAAGCAGCAAAACUGCUGCUGCUCGAUCCCGUAUGAAGGGAACCCCUACAGCAGCAGCAGCAGCAGCAGCAGCAGCAGCAGCAGGACAAACAGCAGCAGAUGCAGCAACAGCAGCAGCAGCAGCUCCUCGUACACAAAGGAGACGAAGGCAGCAAAAAGAAGAGUUAAUUUAUUCAGCAGCAGCAGCAAAUAAUAAAUUGCCUUUGUGUCUUGAUGGUGCUGCUGUGCUGCACUUCCUAAGGAAAUGCAUACCUCCUGCUGCUGCAGCAAACCACCAGCAGCAGCAGCAGCAACAGCAGCAGCAGCAACAGCAGCACGACCAGCAGCAAGACCAGCAGCAGCAACAGCAGCAGCAGCAGCAGCAGCAAGAGCAUGAUGAGGUUCUUACGGAUGUCCAUCUAUCGCUUGCUGCUUGGCAAUUAGCACAUAAAGCCAUUCACUAUAGGAGCAGCAACAGCAACAGCAGCAGCAGCAACAGCAGCAGCAGCAACAGCAGCAGUAGCAACAGCAGCAGCAACAGCAAUGCUACCUCUACACAGGGGUUGGGGAGCGAAGGAUCCCGCUGUCUGUUGGCUGUCGGUGUCUGCACAGAUGUGGCGGCACGUGCUGCUGUUGCUGCUGCUGUUUAUUUGCAGCAGCAGCAACAACAACAGCAGCAGCAGCAACAGCAGCAGCAUCGUGUAACUGCUGCAGCAAAGCUUGCUGCACCUGCAGCAUCAAAUGACGUAGAAAACGUAUCUAAGGACAGCUCCAGCGGCACGGCAGCAGCAGCAGCAACAGCAGCACCAGCAGCAACAGCAGCAACAGCAGCAGCAGCAGCAGCAAGCAGAAUAUUUCCUCCUGUCUGGGUAGUAUGCGAGGAUGAUGUGCAGGCAGCAUUUGCUGCUGCUGCACUGCAGCGGUUCCUCGAUGCAUGCAGCACCAGUCAGCGGCAGCGCCAGAAGCAGCCGCAGCAGCAGCAACAACAACAACAGGAACAGCAGCAGCAGCAACAGCAGCAGCAGCAGCAGCAGCAGCAGCAGCAGCAGCAGCAUAGAUCAGGAGUAUCUGUAUGUUGUAUACUUAAAUAUAAUUCUUCUAUUAAAGAAAGAAAACAAUUUGCAGCAAAAAUGAAUAAAAAAGCAGCAGCAGUCUUCUCUGCUGCAGCAUUUGCUGCUGUUGCUGCUGCAGCAAAGCACGAGCAGCAGCAGCAACAGCAGCAACAGCAACAGCAGCAGCAGCAGCAGCAGCAGCAGUCGGAUGCAGAUGAUACUGUACAGAUUGCUGCAGUAUCUCCACAAGGCGAGGACCACUCAGAUGCAACAGGACAGAGCAACCAGCAGCAGCAGCAGCAGCAGCAGCAGCAGCAAAAGCAGCAGCAGCAGCAACAGCAGCAGCAGCAGCAGCUGUCAAUGGUGAGAGAGUGCGGCUUGCUGCUGCUGCUUGAGGCUCCAAAACUGCUGCAAGACAAGGCAGUUGCUGCAGCAGUUUCUCUUUUCCACAGCAGUAACAGCAGCAGCAACAGCAGCAACAGCAGCAGCAGCAGCAGCAGCAGAAAGCAGCGGUGUGUUUUGUGCUGCAGCAGCUUCUUGCCUCCAUCGUAUGACGAGCUGCAGCAAUGGCAGCACUUAACUGCAGCAGCAGAAGUGCUGUUUCCUGCUGCACCAGAGCAGACACAGCUGGCAGCAGCAGCAGCAGCAGCAGAAGCAACAGCAGCAGAUGGUUCUGCUGCUGCUGUAGCUUCUGCUGCUGAUGAUGGUGACGACGAGUUGCUGCAGCUCCGCUUCAGCAGCAAGAAAGCUCGCCAGCUUUUGCUGCUGCUGCUGCAGCAGCAACUCCUACGGUGUAUCCGUCGUGUCUCUGUAGAAGACUCACAGCAACUGCAGCAGCUUGAGUAUCGGCAGCAGCAGCAGCAGCAGCAGCAACAGCAGCAGCAGCAACAGCAGCAGCAACAGCAGAAUGAUACUGACGUGGCUGCAGUAGCUACAAGCGCAGCAGCACGCGACAAAAAUCCUCCUCCCUUUGCGGCGACAACAGCAGCAGCAGCAGCAGCAGCAGCAGCAAGUGCUGGUGCAGCAAAGAAGCAGCAGCUGAAGCCAGAGGAAGAUAUGGUUCUUAUCAGCAGCAGCAGCAGCAGCAGCAGCAGCAGCGAGGACGAAGGCCAUUCCUUAAGAAUUGAGAGUCCUUAUAAGAUUUCUCCUCCUAAGCUUACUGGUCGUCUUAGACGCUGCAGCAGCAGCAGCAGCAAGGGCAGCAGCAGCAGCAGCAGCAACAGCAGCAGCAGCAGCACCAAUGACCGAACUGAAGGCAGCAGUAGCAGAUCUAUUCUGUCACAUGCAACACGAACCCAUCCUGCAACAACAGCAGCAACACCAACAACAGCAGCAACAACAGCAGCAACAACAGCAGCAACAGCAGCAACAACAGCAGCAACAGCAGCAGCAGCAACAGCAGCAGCAGCAGCAGGAGUCUUUAACCCUUCCUUACAACGAUAUCGUCUUCUAUUGGAGGCAUUUAGUGCUGCACUACUUGCAUGCACUGCUGCACUUAGACAGCGAGGUUUGCUGCUGUCCAAGCCCAAGCAGCAGCAGCAGCCGCUGCUGCUGCUGCAGCACCGGCAGCAGCAGCAGCAGCAGCAGCAGCAGCAGAUUGUUCGGUGUCUUGGUGUACCCGAGGCAGCUAUAUGCAAGGAUGAUAUCCAUGCAGCACGGUUGGCGGUCCAUCAGGCAGAGAGGCAGCAGCAGCAGCAGCAGCAGCAGCAGCGGCUGCGUCGGCAGCAGCAGCACAAGCAUCAUCAGCAGCUCAGCAGCAAGCAGACCCAUUUAGGUAGAGGGCCAUCGCUGCUGCAGUGCAGCAGCAACAGCAGCAGCAGCAGCAGCAGCAGCAGCAGCAGCGCGCCGCAGCAGCUAGUUAUUGAAUGCCAUGUUGCUAUGCUGCUAAUGGAGAUGAGGGCACAGCUUGCUGCUGCGGGGCCCCUGGGGGCCCUUGAGUACCUAGAGGCGCAUGCAAGCAGCAGCAACAGCAACAGCAACAGCAACAGCAGCAACAGCAGCAGCAGUACAGCAGCAGCAACAGCAGCAGCAGCAGCAACAGCAGACUCGUGUCUGUGA